AUACAGCAUUAUGUUAUUUGUUUUGUUAAUUAUGGUUUUAUUCUUUGAAAUAGAAUCAGUUGUUAUAUUUUGUUUCUAAGUAGUAUUAAGUACUUACUAAGUAAGUAUUUAAAGUUUGAGAUCAGGGGAGACUGUGUUGUUGGUUGUUGCCUUCCACUUGCUAUUUUUUUGCACAUAUCAAAAUAAAGCUAGAAACACAAAAAAAAAAUGAGAUUGUGUGCAAACAAUUUACAACCGAGAAGGGAUAAGAAAGCACCACUUGGGAUACCAAUCUGUCGUCUUACACUUCUAAAUAACGGCGUGGAUGAAGUUAUGUUGAUGUGCACCAUGCACCAUCUAAAAAUUACAAAUUUCAUUUUUUUGUUCCUACAGCCUGUGAAGGCAUCAGCCCGAGCGCCGCAGCUGCGCCGCUGUGCGCGCAGUUACGGUAAUGGUGCUGAUGAGGGGCGAGGAGGAGAUGAGUGAUGCUGCUGCUGCUGCUGCUGCUGUGUCCUGCUGCUGCCAUUUCAUCAGCAGAUCAUCGCGGAAAAAUCGUCAGCCCUGCCUGAACUAAUCUGUUCACACACUCACACAGGAUGAUUUCACCUUUAGAACCGGUCGAAUAGUGUCGAUGGGCAGAAUGGUGUGAUGUUAUCUGUGAGCAACACCACAACCUCUGCUAAUCUGGAGGAUACAGUUCUUUGGAAGGCAGAACCAUCGACAUGGGGUUUGUUUUUUUACACAUACUGAGCCUUUAACUUUAAGAUUUUAUUUUUCCUGAGACAUGGAGACGAUAUGGCUUUAUCAGUUUCGCCUGAUCGUCAUCGGCGACUCCACAGUCGGCAAGUCGUGUCUGAUCCGGAGGUUCACCGAGGGCCGCUUCGCCCAGGUGUCGGACCCCACCGUGGGGGUGGACUUCUUCUCCCGCUUGGUGGAAAUCGAGCCCGGCAAGAGGAUCAAACUUCAAAUCUGGGACACUGCGGGACAGGAGAGGUUCAGGUCUAUCACCAGAGCCUACUACCGCAACUCAGUGGGCGGGCUCUUGCUCUUCGACAUCACAAACCGCAGAUCCUUCCAGAACGUCCACAGCUGGCUGGAGGAGGCCCAGAGCCACGUCCAGCCGCACAGCAUCGUCCUCCUGCUGGUCGGCCACAAGUGUGACCUGGAGGCCCAGCGUCAGGUGACCCAGCAGGAGGCCGAGAAGCUGGCAGGAGCCUUUGGCCUCCGCUACGUGGAGACGUCGGCACGGGACGCCAUCAACGUGGAGAAGGCCUUCGUGGAUUUGACGAGGGACAUCUUUGACCUGGUGCGCAGCGGGGACAUCAAGAUCCAGGACGGCUGGGAGGGCGUCAAGAGUGGAUUUGUCCCCAACACCGUCCACUCCUCCGAGGAGGUCACCAAGGGCAGCCGGCAGUGCCUCUGCUGAUUCGCCCGGCUGAGUUGACACACUUUCCUUCUGCAUUAAAGACAUUGCUUAGUCUGUCGGUGCCUGUGUCCGGCACAAACGUGGGACAUUUUACUGAUGCUCCUAACACAAGAAGCCUCCUAACCCCCCCCCCCCCCCCCCCCCCCCCCCCCCCGAUUGUUUUAAUGGGCGUGUGUGUGUGUGUGUGUGUGACUGUAUUAACCCUCAACACUUCAGCUCCACUCCAAUGAAUAGCACUCAGAAUAUACUAAAACCUUGUACAGACCUUAUCCAGUAACAGAGAGUCGCCAGAGAGUGUGAGGCGUUCAAUGACUGUACUGCACUAAAUGAAACCAAGGGGCUUAAUACGAAAAAUGAAAGUGAAAAAUCAAACCGAACCAAAGCUUGAAUUGAGAUUCUGCCACGUUUGUUCGUCUGAAUGCCGGAGUAAGAGUUUGCGCUGUGGAGAUGUUCUGAAAGGGAGAGACGCUGUAGCUGCUUAUUGAUGAUCAUCAAAUCACAGCAAGGAUUUUCUUUUUCAUUAUGGUAAAUAGUCUACUUCAUGUUUACAACUCUGAGUUGGUUUACUGGUGAGAACAGGUGAGUUGUGACCUUGAACACCUUUUGUAUGGAACCCCAGUGUGUUCAAUAUUAAAUGAAUAUAAAAAACACAAAUAAUCAUAAUUUGUGUAAGAUACAUAAAUGAACCUGAACUGACUGAAAAGUGACAACAUCCUAUGAAUUAAUGAAAGAACAAUAGAUUUUUUUUCUUUUGCAUUUUGCACAAUGUGAUUCUCUAUUGGUGUAAUAUAUAACAAUUUAAGGCUCCACAUUUUUUGAGUUUGAUCACAGAGCCUGCUCUUAACGUAUCACACGACACCUUCAGGAUAUCAUUUCCUAAGCCUACAAUCCAUUUAUAUGAUUCAACCACGUACAUAUUUAUAAUCGAUGCAUGCCCCCGAUUUAACUGGAAAUUUUUCCAAAGAAAGAAAAUAAUUUUUUAUUUUUGAUAUUAAUGUAAAUAGCCCUUUCAAUUGGAAGUGUCUUGACUGUUGCUUGGGGAUGUGAGAAGAUCUGAAGCACCAUGACAAAGCGUACGUCAACCAUGGAAAGUGAACGAGUUAAGAAUAUUUGAACUGGACAGUUGCACAGGUUUCAGUUCAGAUUGAUUGAUUGAUCGAUUGAUUGAUUGACAGCGAUCAGUUCAUUUAACAGUUUGUAAAACAACUGUGCAGAGGAAGAGUCUUGUCCGAGUGCCUUUGGGAGGACACGCAGCCAGAUUCCUGUCCGCAGAUCUAAACAUAAACUGUGUCGUUUAUCUUGUGAAUAUUAACAACGAAGGUGGCGGGAAACACACUGAUAUCACAUUACACACACACUCACACACAUACACACACACACACACCUGUAAAUAAUUGAUCUGAAACCAAACCCUGACAAAGUUAACGGUUCCAUUGUGGCUGUGACAUCAAGUGUCAUCAAUAAUAAAUGUCUGGAAACAUUAAUAAAAAAGAAUUUCCUCCUGCAAA